AUUUUCUGAAACGGAAUACGAUGAAUGAUUCAUGCUCCUCCCGACGGACAUGUCAAAAGACUUCUCAGGAUUUCCAUCCUGCGGCAAAAGCGGGGAACUGCUUUUCCAGCGACAAAGUGGAGUGCACCCUUCAAUACGAACUAGUUUACGUAGGGAAGCUGUAUCGCAGCGUGGCGAAUCGCAGUCCUUGAACCUCCCAGGGGCACGAGAAGAAGCCAAAAAAAGAAGCGAGGGCAGCGCCGCGCAACAUCAAUAUUUCAGCAAUAUACUGUUGGCGACACGAAUGUCACAGGCAUGA